AUGCUUGUAGAACCAGAACCUGCUAUUAAAAUUACAAAAGCCUGCUGUGUACUUCAUAAUUUUGUGCGACGGCGUGAUGGGUUUAACACUGAAGACACCCAAAGUUCCAUGGAAAGCAUAACUGAAAGAAGAGGAAUGGGAAACUCUCCAACCAAUGCUAAAGAUGUCAAAGAGUACUUUGUGCAAUAUGUCAAUGAUACAAACCAUGCGCUUGACUGGCAAACCAAUGUCAUUUGUCAGUAG